UUGCUGAUGGGAACCGCAACUAACUUCAUAUCCAAUCAAGAAAUCUACAGCUGCACAACCACUGAGAUUAUUGCAAUUUGCCGUAACAAAUUAUUAAAGCGUUUUUCCUGCGUUCAUUAAUUGCAGAUUCAGAGCUGUGAAAACCUGAUUAUGGUGGUUAUAGUAAUUCAAUUAUAGGUUCUGCCUUUUGCCAGGGAUGCCCUUUUGCUUUAAUUGCUUUUUCAGCGGUCACGCAAGAACAUUUGGUGGGACAUAGCGCAGAUCUCGAAUUCGCCUCUGUUUCGAUUUUCUGCUUUUUGUUUUAGGUAUACAUUCUCUUACCGGCUUUCGUCAAUCAGUAGUUAGUGUUAAUUGGACGAAGGUUGUGGUAUUGUGCCUUUGUUGGUUUCAGGUGUAAAAAUGGAAGGUGUUGUGGUUAGGAGAGUUAUUCCUUCGGAUAACAGUUGCCUCUUCAAUGCAGUCGGUUAUGUCAUGGAUCACGACAAAAACAAGGCGUCCGAGCUGAGACAGGUUAUAGCAGCUACAGUGGCCAGCGAUCCGGAGAAGUACUCUGAAGCAUUUCUUGGAAAGACUAAUGAAGAGUACUGCGCAUGGAUUCUUAACCCAGAGAAGUGGGGAGGUGCCAUUGAGCUUUCAAUAUUAGCUGAAUAUUAUGGGCGUGAGAUUGCAGCGUAUGACAUCCAAACCACAAGAUGUGAUUUGUAUGGGCAGGAAAAGAACUUUGCGGAAAGAGUCAUGUUGAUAUACGAUGGGCUUCACUACGAUGCUUUAGCAAUGUCGCCCUUCGAAGGAGCUCCAGCUGAAUUUGAUCAGACCAUAUUUCCCGUGCAGAAGGACCGAACUGUGGGCCCUGUCGAGGGACUUGCUCUUAAUCUGGUUAAAGACCAGCAAAGGAAGAGGAGUUAUACGGAUACUUCCAACUUCACUUUGCGAUGUGGAGUUUGCCAAAUUGGACUUGUGGGGCAGAAGGAAGCAAUGGAGCAUGCACGGGCAACAGGUCAUGUGAACUUCCAGGAAUACAGAUGACGGGAUUUACCUGAGCCAAUAAAACUUGGCCGAGUCAAUCAUUGGUGUAAUCAAAUAUCUGCAUUCAACAAUGUUUUGUAGACCAUCUGCUUGUUGCUAUCUUUCUUUCUGCUGUGGAAGGAAAGAAACCAUUCUGACUUGUAUACUUAUGUGCUGCUGCUGUUGUAAUAUUUACAAUUUCUUUCAGUUAUACGGGGUUGGAUGAAAUUUGUCCCAAUUUUGACUGCUA